GAGAGAGAGAGAGAGAUUGAUUUUUCUGUGUGCUAACGAGGUACAGCCUUGCACGUUGAGAAAAACGUGCACUUCGAGAGUUCGGGCCAUCUUUCUCUCUCGGUGGUGCUUCCGUGGCAUCGGAGAGUAAGCAAGAAGAAAUCUUCUUCUGGUUCACUUUCUGUCUCUCUCCUUUUUCUCCUGCAUUCUAAAGUUUUUAUCGUUAAACAAUUAUUUCUCAAAUUGACCUACUUGAUUUCUCACGCCCUCGCACUACAGAGCGAUUGCUUCUGUUCAUCUUUCCCCUUCUAGUGUUCUUGCAAUCAGUUUUCGACGUUCAGCCAAGACAACCCUCCCUUCUGUGUUCUUUUCUGCAACUGCGAUGGCGGCCCUCCACCGCGUGCUGAGGCCGCUUGCCGCCGGCGCCACCGUCUCACGGCGCGCAUUCUGCGCCUUGGUCUCGGACGCCGGUGGCCGGGGGCCCGUCAUUCCCCUGAAACACCACCUGGAGCCAUCGAAGCAGCACCAGCAGCCUCAGGACCGAAACGUCCAGUGGGUAUUCCUCGGUUGCCCGGGAGUCGGCAAGGGCACCUAUGCCAGCCGCCUCUCCCACCUCCUCGGCGUCCCCCACAUCGCCACCGGCGAUCUCGUCAGAGACGAACUCGCGCAGGCCGGUUCCCUCGCCGAACAGCUAAAGGCAAUGGUAAACCAAGGGAAGCUGGUUCCUGAUGAAAUUAUCAUAAGCCUCUUAUCUAAACGUCUUGAAAAUGGGCAAUUGAAGGGCGAAUCAGGUUUCAUCCUUGAUGGAUUUCCACGAACAAUAAAACAGGCGGAAAUUUUGGAGGAUGUGACAGACAUUGAUCUGGUAAUAAACCUCAGGCUCAGAGAAGAUGUAUUGGUUACCAAAUGCCUUGGGAGAAGAAUUUGCAGUCAGUGUGGAGGCAACUUUAAUGUGGCCUCCAUCAACAUCGACGGUGAGAAUGGCGGACCAGGAAUGUACAUGGCUCCUCUUCUGCCUCCUCCACACUGUGCAUCAAAGCUUAUUACUCGUGCAGAUGACAGAGAAGAAGUAGUAAAGGAAAGGCUUCGCAUUUACAAUGAUAUGAGUCAGCCUGUGGAGGGCUUUUAUCGUGCUAGAGGAAAGCUGCUUGAGUUCAAUUUACCAGGUGGCAUUCCUGAGAGUUGGCCAAAGUUACUUGAAGCACUCAACCUUGAAGACCAUUGUCACAAACAGAGCGCUGCAGCAUGAGGACUAUGCAGGAGAGGUAAAUUGUGAACUCCACAAGGAGUCCGGACACAUGGUUAAACAUUUUUUGAAUAAAGCUUAUAAGUGAAGCUACUUUUCCAAGAGAUGGCACUGGUAUAAUUAUUACCUGAGAAUUGGGUACGGAGGCUGCUUAUUUGAGUUUGCUGCGUGUCACCUUAUGGUGUACCAUGCGUUAGGGCAGAGUCUUACCAUAUAUGAUUCUAUAUUUUCUGAGAUUUAAGCUGGAAUUGUGUACCUUUGUGUUGUGCACGUCAUUUCUUUCACAUGUUGUAUUCAUCCAAAUUUUGGCCUUAUUCAGAUUCUGUUUAUCUGCUGGUUGCAGCAGUAACCUUCUGACUA